AUGGAAAUCCCAAGCACGAGCGCGAGCGCGAGCGCGAGCGCGAACGCAGGCGCACCCUCCACGGAGCCCAAAACUCCGGAGCUGAAGCUUAUCAGCUCCUAUCGCCGCCCCUCCGCCUCCCGCACAAUCUGCGGCGAUCGGUUCAUCCCCAGCCGCUCCUCCUCCAAUUUUGCCCUCUUCAACCUCCCUAAUUCCAGCUCGCAGACCUCCUCCAGUGAUUCACACUCCGCGUACACCAACCUCCUGAAGUCUGCCCUUUUCGGACCCGAAUGCGUCGCCGGGGUUAAUGGGCUUCAGCCGUUGACGCCGGAAAAAUCUUCUCCCGGCGGGAGAUUUGGCGGUAGGAGAAGUGAUGGUGGUUUUCCGCAGGUGAGUCCGAAUUGCAACAUAUUCAAGUACAAGACCGAGACGAGGAAAUCUAUGCCUUCUCUUUCACUGUUUGAGUUUGAUGAUAAGCUCCCUGGGGUGUCUCGCAGUCCUGUUAAGGCACCCAGAAAAGUUCCAAGGUCGCCGUAUAAGGUUUUGGAUGCGCCUGCUUUGCAAGAUGAUUUUUAUCUCAAUCUUGUAGACUGGUCACCACAUAAUGUGCUGGCUGUGGGGUUAAGCAACUGUGUCUAUCUAUGGCAUGCUUCUAGCAGCAAGGUAGUGAAGUUGUGUGAUCUGGGAGGUGAUGAUAGUGUUUGCUCAGUUGGCUGGGCACACCGUGGUACACAUCUUGCUGUUGGAACUAAUAAUGGCAAACUCCAGUUAUGGGAUGCCUCUCGUUGCAAGAGGAUCAGAACUAUGGAGGGACAUCGGCUGAGAGUCGGUGCCCUUGCCUGGAGUUCAUCCAUGUUAUCCUCAGGAAGCCGGGACAAAAGUAUUCUUCAUCGUGAUAUACGAGCUCAGGAUGAUUAUGUCAGCAAGUUAACUGGACACAAGUCAGAGGUUUGUGGAUUGAAGUGGUCUUAUGACAACCGAGAAUUAGCAUCUGGUGGAAAUGACAAUAGACUUUUCGUGUGGAACCAACAUUCGACUCAGCCUGUACUUAAGUACUGCGAACAUACUGCAGCUGUAAAGGCUAUUGCAUGGUCACCCCAUCUUCAUGGGCUCCUUGCUUCUGGAGGAGGCACUGCUGAUAGAUGCAUUCGUUUUUGGAAUACGACUACAAAUACGCAACUGAGCUGUAUGGAUACCGGAAGUCAGGUGUGCAAUCUUGUGUGGUCUAAGAAUGUCAAUGAACUAGUGAGCACACAUGGCUACUCCCAAAACCAAAUUAUUGUCUGGAAAUAUCCGACCAUGUCAAAGUUGGCAACUCUGACUGGCCAUACAUAUCGGGUGUUGUACCUUGCCAUAUCGCCCGAUGGACAGACAAUUGUAACAGGAGCAGGAGACGAAACGCUCAGGUUUUGGAAUGUCUUCCCAUCACCCAAGUCUCAGAACACUGGUAGCGAAAUUGGAGCCUCGUCGUUUGGAAGAACACAUAUUCGUUGA